AUGUAUACAUGCAAGCAUGUGCUGAGCAAUGGCGAGUGGAUGAGCCUCCAAGAAUAUCAUCAAGUAUAUUCAGUAUAUAGUGUCAUAGACAUGAAAUUCAUUCCAUGGUGGGGGUAUUACAUGUGUAUUGAUCAGGGGACUUGGUUUCUUACUUGUGAAGAGAGCAUUAAAAAAUUGAACAAAAAAACUGCAGUGAAGUGUGGCAGUUACUUUGCAGAAACUGUUACUGCAAAAGUUCUGUGCCUCAAUCUGCAUGGAUUUGCAUAUUACAUGGAGCUGCAUAAAGUUGCGCGGAGCUGCGCGGAACUGUGCGGCACUGCGUGGGACUGGUGCCGCAGGGGUUACGGCAAAAGUUCUGUGCCCGAUCGGAAGUGA